AUGAUUGGUUGUGUUCUUUGUUCUCCUGGCUGUUUUUCACUUUUUCGUUCAUCUGCUUUAAUUGAUGAUAAUGUGGCGCGUAAAUAUGCAACUAAAUCUGAAAAGCCUUUCCACUAUGUUCAAUAUGAUCAAGGAGAGGAUCGCUGGUUAUGUACUUUACUUCUUCAACGAGGCUAUCGAGUUGAAUAUUGUGCAGCCUCAGAUGCCUUAACUUUUGCACCAGAAGGUUUUAAAGAAUUUUUCAAUCAGCGUAGAAGAUGGAUUCCCUCUACAAUGGCUAAUAUAAUUGAUUUACUUCAAGACUACAAAAAUGUUAUUAAAGUUAAUGAUUCUGUGUCUAUUUGGUACAUUGCUUAUCAAUUAGUUAUGUUAUUCUCUUCGAUUGUUGGGGCUAUUUCUAUUUCUUUUAAUGUUGAUACUCGGUUGGCUUUAUUAAUUGUUACAACACCUGUUGUGUGUUUUUGUAUUUGUUGUUUGACUUGUAGUACUGACAUUCAGGUUGUUAACUUUGAAUUAACAAAUGAGACUUCUUAA